AACACGUCCAGGUUGAUCAGCAAAACGUUUUAUAUUCUUUACCUAUUUAGAGGUAAAUUGGAAGACAUCAUACUUUAGUCUGCAAAACGCACUCACGGGGUUCAGUGGGUCGUGAAGGUACAUCGAGUGCUCAUUUUAUCACUGCAAGCAAAAUGGAUGCAGAAUUUACGAAUGUGUCCAUCGAAACCAUCAUAUGCACUGGCCCGACCAGGCGGUACAUAGACAACUUCAGCGAUGAUGAUGAUGAAGAAGAAGAUACUGACGAAGUAGUGAUAGAUAAUUUAAAGUUUGACAAAGUAACAUUUAGCGGAGGUCUACUGCCGAUGAUGGCCCCGAUUUAUUUCGAAGAACUGCAGCACACAUGUCCUGCCAUUGUCAGUAAAGGAACGAAAUCAUCCCUACCAAUCGAAGAUUCCGAUGCCACGGGACAAGCUGCACAAAGUGACGAUGAAGAAGAAUCCAAGAAAAAAGCUUUGGAAGACGAUCAAGGAAGUACCAAAACCAAGAACAAAACCGACGAAACGUUGAAAAGUGAUGCUACCAUAAGCGAUGAUAAUGAUGAUAGAGAUCAAUGAAUUGUUGGUACAAUCGACAUCCAGAAUUUGUGAUAUCAGUGAAGUUUUUUUUCAAGCCGAGUUAAUAAAGUCAUCCCUGACCAAGAACAAACAAUUUGAGCCAAUUUA